UUGAGGCAGCUGACUUGUAAUGAGGGAAAAAGAGACAAAGAGAUAGAAAGAAUAUCUAUUUUUAGUUCUUUAUUGUUCAGACAUUGGGAUAAAAUGUUGCCCAUCAUAUUUCUGAGCACCAUUUGGCUUCAUUUUACUGUUGCUGUGGCUUCAGAACCGCAAUAUAUUCUAUGGGUCUCCUCUGUGAUUCAGAGUCACUCUACAGAAAAGGCCUGUCUCCACCUUUUAAAUCUUAAUGAGUCUGUAUCCUUGAGCAUUGUCUUAGAGUAUGAUGAAGUCAAUACCACUAUUUUUGACCAGUAUGUGGAUGAGGAGAGCUUCUAUGCUUGUGCAGAUUUCAAGGUUUCUCAGAACUCCUCUACACAGUUAGCUUUUGUGACAUUGUUGGCUAAGGGAGAUACUGUGAAAAUCUUUGAGAGGAGGUCUGUAGCACUCAUUUCGGAAGAGACGGUAACCUUUGUGCAGACAGAUAAACCCAUCUACAAACCUGGAGAGAAGGUUCAAGUUCGUAUUGUGACACUGAAUACCCAUUUCACACCUGUUGAGGAUUUGUAUCCUUUAAUCACACUUCAGGAUCCUCAAAACAAUGGGAUUUUUCAAUGGAAAAAUGUGACUUCUUUUCGAAAUAUUACCCAGCUCUCAUUCCAACUGAUUUCAGAACCAAUGUUUGGCGAUUACUCCAUUGUUGUAGAAAGGACAUCAGGAAAGAUGCUGGUGCACCAAUUUACUGUGAAUAGAUAUGUGUUGCCUAAGUUUGAAGUAAAGGUCAGUGUACCACAAACAGUAACUAUUUCCGAUGAAGAAUUCCCAGUGGACGCAUGUGCUAAAUACACCUUUGGCCAGCCUGUGCAAGGGAAAGCCCAAAUCCGGGUGUGCAGAAAAUAUUUUUCCUCUGGGAAUUGUGAGAAAGACAACAAUGAAAUAUGCGAGCAAUCUAUUGUACAGUUGAGAAAUGGUUGUGUUUCUCAAGUUGUAAAUACAAGAGUCUUUCAACUCUACCGUUCUGGAUUUUUCAUGUUAUUUCAUAUCACUGUAACUGCUACAGAAAUUGGGACAGGUGUGCAGAUCAGUGAAAAGGCUUCUAUUCCUAUUACUGAAUUUCUUGGGAGUGUGAACUUUGAGAACAUGGACACUUUCUAUAGAAGAGGAAUUCCUUACUUUGGCACACUUAAAUUUUCUGGUCCUAAUAAUGUCCCAAUGGUGAAAAAGUUAUUGCAAUUGGAGCUCAAUGACAAAUUGUUAGGAGAGUACACCACAGACGAGAAUGGGGAAGCUCAGUUAUCCAUCGACACUUCAGAUAUCUUUGAUCCCGAGUUCCACCUGAAAGCCACAUAUAUUCACCCCAAGAGCUGCUAUGGUCCUGGCUGGUUGACACCAGAGUACAUGGGUGCCCACAUGUCAGUCCCACGCUUUUACUCCCGAACCAACAGCUUCCUGAAGAUUGUUCCUGAACCAAGGCUGCUUAGCUGCAAUCAACAAAAGAUUAUUAGUGUGCAUUAUUCCCUGAACAGUAAUGCAUAUAGGGACAAUUCAAACAUAAAAUUCUUUUAUUUGAUGAUGGCAAAAGGAGCUAUCAUCUUCAGUGGACAAAAGGAAAUCAGAAACAAAGCCUGGAAUGGAAACUUCUCAUUCCCUGUCAACGUCAGCGCUGAUCUGGCUCCUAUGGCUGUCAUGCUCGUCUACACCCUUCACCCCAGCGGGGAAAUUGUGGCUGACACUGUCAAAUUCCAGGUUGACAAGUGCUUUAAAAACAAGGUUAGCAUAAAGUUCUCUAAGGAGCAGGGACACCCUGGCUCCAGGACUAGCCUGUACCUUAGAGCUGCCCCUGACUCCUUCUGCGCUCUCCGGGCUGUGGAUAAAAGUGUUCUUCUCCUGAAACCAGAGCAAGAGCUAUCAGCUGAAAGUGUGUACAACCUGCUUCCAAAUAUAGAACUUCAUGGUUAUUUCUAUCACGGUCUCAACCUUGACGAUGGCAAGCCAGACCCUUGCAUUCCUCAGAAGGAUAUGUUUUACAAUGGUUUAUAUUAUACACCUGUGAGCAUCAAUGGGGAUGGAGACACCUAUGAUAUUGUCAAGGCCAUGGGUCUGAAAGUCUUUACCAAUCUCCAUUAUCGGAAACCAGAAAUAUGUUCAAUGGAGUGGGAGCCAUUCCCUAGGCCAUUGUAUCUACAGAGAGGACAUUCACCAAUGUACAGUGCCCUAUAUGAACGCAGAUUCAUGGAGGCGUCUGACUUUGUAGAACGGGCUGUAACAGAAACAGUAAGAACAAACUUUCCAGAGACAUGGAUAUGGGAUCUCGUCAGUGUCGAUUCCUCAGGUUCAGCAAAUCUUUCAUUCAUCAUCCCUGACACUAUAACUCAAUGGGAUACAAAUGGUUUCUGUGUAAAUGGUGAUUCUGGAUUUGGCAUUUCAUCAACAACUGCUCUGGAAGUCUCACAGUCUUUCUUUAUUGAAAUGACCCUCCCCUUUUCAGUUGUCCAAAAUGAACAAUCUGAUGUGAUUGUCAAUGUCUUCAGCUACCUGAAUACAUGCGCAGAGAUUUCUGUUCAAUUGGAAGAAUCUCAGAAUUUUGAGGCAAAUGUCCACACCCCUAAAAACAAUGGCAGUGAUGUUAUUCAAGCUGGAGAGAGGAAAACAUAUGUCUGGACUCUUAUACCUAAGAAAUUAGGUAAAGUGAAUAUCACUGUAGUUGCUGAGUCCAAACACACUAGUGCGUGCCCAAAUGGAGCAACUGAGCAGCAGAAUCUAAAUUGGAAAGAUGCUGUGGUCAAAAGUUUGUUGGUGGAGCCUGAAGGUAUUGAAAAAGAAAUGACUCAAAGUUUUCUUAUCUGUACAAAAGACACCAAAGCCUCCAUGCCUGUGGUUUUGGAUUUGCCAGACAAUGUGGUAAAAGGAUCAGCCAGGGCCUUUUUCACUGUUGUGGGGGAUAUUCUAGGAUUUACAAUGCAGAAUCUGGAGAAUCUUCUCCAAAUGCCCUGUGGAUGUGAAGAGCAGAAUAUUGCUCUCCUAGCAUCUGAUACCUAUGUCCUUGACUACCUGGAAUCUACUAAACAAUUGACAGAGGAAGUUAAAUCUAAGGCUCUGGCUUUCUUAUCUAAUGGCUAUCAAAAACAGUUGUCUUUCAAAAACUCGGAUGGCUCAUAUAGUGUAUUUUGGCAGAGGAAUCAGGAAGGAAGCAUACGGUUCAGUGCCCUUACUUUUAAGAUAUUUGAGGCAAUGAAGAAACAUGUUUUCAUUGAUGAACGAGUUCAACAACAGACCUUGAUCUGGCUUUCAAGCAAACAGGAAAGCGGUGGCUGUUUUAGAAGUAAUGGCAAGCUUUUCAACAAUACCUGGGAGGGAGAAGACGAAGAGGACAUUUCACUCACUGCGUACAUUGUGGGAGCGUUCCUGGAAGCUGGGCUCAGCUUCACUUUUCCUGCCCUACGGCAUGGGCUUUUUUGCCUAGAGGAUGCAUUGGAAAAUGGUGUUAGCGAUGGCUAUGAUUAUGCAGUGCUAGCUUAUGCUUUUGCAUUAGCUGGAAAAGAGAAGCAAGUGAAAUCCUUACUCCACAUUCUGGAUCAAUCUGCUACAAAAAUAAAUAAUGUGAUAUAUUGGGAAAGAGCUAAGAAACCCCAGACAGAAGCAUCCCCAUCCUUUAUUCCUUGGGCACCUGCUGCUGAGACUGAGAAGACUUGCUAUGUACUAUUGGCCAUCAUUUCCCAAAAAACUCCUGACCUCACCUAUGCUAGUAAGAUUGUGCAGUGGCUUGUCCAACAGAUGAAUUCCCACGGAGGCUUCUCUUCCACCCAGGACACUGCUGUCUGUCUUCUUGCCUUAACCCACUAUAUGAAGUUAACAUUUUCUAAUGGUCAAAACAAUGUCACCUUUAGCGGUGAAGAAUCCAGUGAGAUUUUCCAGGUUAAUAAUGACAACCGCUUACUGGUCCAACGUUCGGAGCUAACUAAAGCAUACGGACAAUACACAGUAGAUGUGGAAGGACAUGGCUGUGCAUUUAUCCAGGCUACCCUUAGGUAUAAUGUGCUACUAACUAGGAAGGAAUCUGGAUUUUUCCUUUCCUUGGAAAUGGUAAAGAAAAACUCUUUGGAUAUAUUUCAGAGUACUUUUGACCUGACAGUAACCAUCAAAUAUACUGGAAUGCGCAAUAACUCCAAUAUGGUCCUUGUUGAUGUAAAAAUGCUAUCAGGAUUUACUCCAGCCAUGUCAUCUAUUGAGGAGCUUGAAAACAAUGGCCAAGUGAUGAAAACUGAAGUCAAGAAUGACCAUGUUCUUUUCUACUUGGAAAAUGUUUCUGGAACAGCAAACAAUUUCACUUUCUCUGUUGAGCAAAGCAACCUUGUGUCCAACAUUCAGCCAGCCCCAGUCAUGGUGUACAAUUAUUAUGAAAAAGAUGAGUAUGCCAUUAUUUCUUAUAAUAUCAGCAGUGUUUCAGUUUCCCUGUGAGACAAAACAAAACACAGAAAAAGGUAGAAAGGUAUUUGCUUUGAAGAAACAUUCUUCUGAAUCAAACAUGAAAGAAAACCAUGCAGAAUCUACAACCUGCUAUGACUUCUUCUCAGAUUUUCUUUAUUAUCCAUUAAAUGCUGUGAUUUCA